AUGCAGAAGAUAUUAAGGCGCCUGUUUCCAGCAACGACACUCAUUAGUUGUCGACAGUCGGUUUAUUUAUCAUUCCAAAGGACUUCUUCAGGAUACACGUGGUUUGCAAAGAGGAGACACACGGAGCCGGCGCCCAUACCCUCCUCUUUAUCGGGACACGUCCCCGUUAGUAGCAGCUGGCUAAAUUUCUUCAAUUCCCACACACAUCAGGAUAACCCGCUUGAUCUUCUUAGACGAGACGGUUUAAGGUCAUUUUCUUCGCAUUUUACAAGAAGUGUCAUGUCCACAAAUACUCGCAGUUCCACAGAUGAACCUGAAGUGAAGAGAAACAAAAUGUCGAAAAAGAUAGGAACCCAUAAUGGAACAUUUCACUGUGAUGAAGUCAUGGCAUGUUUCCUAAUUCAGUUGCUUCCAGAAUACAAAGACUCUACAAUUGUGAGAACUCGAGACAGCAGCAAACUAGACGAGUGUGAUAUCGUGGUGGAUGUUGGUGGUGUGUACGAUGAGAAAAAAUUGAAAUUUGAUCAUCAUCAAAGAACUUUUAAUGAGAGUAUGAACAGCCUGAAUCCGAAUUUCAAGUGGGUGACCAAACUGAGCAGUGCUGGUCUCAUUUACUAUCACUAUGGCCGCAGGAUCAUUGAGCAAAUUCUGGAAUUAAAUCCCAAAGACCCGGCCAUUGUAGACAUUAUCUAUGACAAAAUUUAUGAGAAUUUUGUUGAAGAAAUUGACGGCAUUGACAAUGGGAUUAACCAAACGGAAGAAAAACCAAAGUACCAUAUUUCCACCCAUAUUUCCAAAAGAGUUGCUCAUUUAAAUCCCCGUUGGAACGAGGACGACUUUGAUGAAGAUGAAUUGUUCAGGAAAGCCAUGAAACUCGUUGGAGAUGAGUUUGUUGAUCGAAUUUUAUUCUACAAAAAAUCGUGGCUUCCUGCCAGAGAAAUUGUCUUAAAGGCUCUGGAAGGCCGGGAAAAGGUAGAUGAGAGUAACGAGAUUUUACAUUUAACCUCCGGGGGUUGUCCAUGGAAGGAUCACUUGCUUCUUCUGGAAAAAGAAAAAGAAAUCACACCCAGUAUUAAGUAUGUCCUUUAUACUGAUCUGGUCGGCAAUUGGAGGAUUCAGUGCGUUCCUGUACAUCCAGAAGGAUUCUCAAACAGACUUUCGCUACCUGAAGAAUGGCGUGGGCUUCGAGAUGAGAAGUUGUCUGAAAAAUCUGGAAUCAAAGAUUGUAUUUUUGUUCAUGCAACAGGAUUUAUUGGUGGCAACAAAACAUAUGAUGGCGCCUUGGAAAUGGCAAGAAUGGCUUUGAAAAAUAAAAAGGAAGACUAA